AUGGCGCAGGUGGCUUUGCAGAUCCGCCUCCUGUCGGCCCGCGGCCUGCGCGAGGUGGCGCCGGAGCUGUUUGCUCGCGGCGCAGUGCAGCCGUACUGCCUCUGCGAGGUCAUGGGCCGCGACGAGCCCAGCUUUCGUACGCGGGCCGUCGACGAAGGUGACACUCCGACCUGGGACGAGUCGACUGAAAUGGUCAUCGAGGAGGGCGAGUCCCUCAUCUUCAUGGUCAACUACAAGGAUGAUGGCACCGAGGAUGACCUCAUCGGCUGGGCAAAGCUCGAGCACGACAAAAUGGUGCCUUCCGGAUUUGUGGGUGAGCUCCGCCUUACAGAUGCCGCUGCGAUCAACAAGGCCCCUAAGGCGGCGGAGCCCAUUAUGCUUGGUUCGAACCCCGGAUUGCCACAUUGGUCCCAGCCCUGCAAGACCAACAAUCAACUGCCGCAAGCACUGCUGAAGACCAUCAGCUGCCCUGCUAUGCUGUACGGGAUCCUCCCCAAAGAUGCGAUGGCGGUGGAAUGGCCGUUUGCCGAUCACGACCACAACUGCUUGGGAGGAACCUUCGGCGCCUGCGUCUUCUUCGAUGUGCCGAUGUCUUCGCCAGAGACGCUGUGGUCAGCUUGCGAGACGGUCCAGGGAGGUGGUGUCGUCUGCCUGGUCCUCCCGCCGGAGCUGACAGAGACAAAAUGCUGUGCGCUGCAAGAAGAGGCGGCUGACAUCGUGCCCGAUGCCGAUCAGAAGUUGGGGGAGGCACUGCUGCCUCGCAUCGUGCAGAGCUUGUGGCAGAUGCCAGUGUGUGGAUUCGUGGAUGCUUCCCUCACACUGCUCUCGACAAAGCAGAUAGGUCUGUCCGCCAGUUUGACACCGCCGUCCCUGGAGCCGCAGACAUCGCCGGAGGCCACGGAUGCUCUUCUGGAACUUUGCUGCACAGCAUGUCAGAGGAAGGCCUUUACGAGGCUUCAGGCUUCUUUGGUGGCUGCGGGACAGGCCAGCAAGGGGCGUCAGACUGUCCUGUCUCUUACCGGCCGGCGUGGCCGUGGAAAGUCCUCUGUUGCAGGGCUUUUCGUUGCUGCUGCUCUGCAGUGCGGUCGGAAUGUCGUGGUCACCGGACCGGCUCGGAACAGCGUCCAGGGCAUCUUCCGCUUCGCCGCUCGGGCCAUGGGAGUACCGGCGCCUGAGGUGUCAUGCUCGACCUUGUCUCACGCUCGGGCACGCUACCUGCCCGCCGAAGCCAUCCCGGGCUUUGCUUCCGCCCUGGCAUUGGUGAAUGAUGCACCGGUGCUCGUCGUUGAUGAGAUGGCCUCACUCCCGAUUCCGCAGCUGCACCAGCUGUUGGUGGCGCCCGCACCGCUGAUACUGCAACGCUUCUUGGUACUCUUUCGGGGGCAGAAGGCACUGGGGCAGCAGUGGAGGAGAAGGUCUUCAAAGAGCUCAGCGCAGACUCAGCCGAGGUCUGCCGGCAUGCGACGCUCCCCGACGGUGUUUCCGAGCGGGAGUUCGUGA